UGACUUGGCUGAUUUCAUGGAGCUGCCAUUUUGUAUCUCCACUAACCGUCAGAUCAAGUUGGUCGUCAAAGAAGAAGGAAACAAAUGUGCUAAUGUUCAGUUUGUGUUUUUAUUUACGUAUUGCACCAGGUUAUAUUAAAAAUCCUUCAGUUAGAUAGCGUAAUUCGCGACCGGCUGGCACUUCUUUUCGUAAUCAGACAGUUUACAACGACGUCUUGUUUACCUUUUGCGGUAGUAGGAGAGCUAACGCUAACGUUAGCCCGGACGUUAGCUUAGCUAGCUACUAGCGUUAGCUUUCUAACGCAAAUUUAAACCUGUGGCGAAAUGGCGGCCAACACGACACAGGCAACCCCGACAACUAACUGGUCCUAUGGUGGUACUGGAGAAGGCCAGGUUCAUGAAAAUCCUGAAUGGGAGAAAGCAAGACAGGCUCUAGCGUCCAUUAACAAGAAUCAGACCUCUGCUAAGACUGCACAAGCUAACCAGACCACAGCAGAGGCCAGCCAGUUUCAGCCAGCAGUAACUGACUCUACUGCCAUGCAGCAGAGUCAGUACUAUCCGUGGUACCAGCAAACUCAACAGCACUAUCCUGGAUAUACAUACCCCUAUAACUACUAUUACCCCAUGGCUCCAUAUGGAGGUGCAUAUCCACCAAAUCAGUACGGUGUACCCCCAGGACAGUACCCAGGAACUCCAACUUCCAAUGGACAGCCUCCUCCAGUGCCUGGAAUGGAAGACCAGUCUUCCAGCUACUCCUCCCAAACCCAACCCCCUCCCCCUGCUGCUCCCCAGCCACCCCAGAGCCCAACCACCUCAGAAAACCCCCCUCCUCCUCCACCCCCACCCAUUCCUCCACCACCCAACUCCCAGUACCCCCCUCCUCCAUCACAAAAUGCUUAUACUGCCAACAACUCGAUGCCAUACCCACCUGGUGACCCCAACCAAAUGCAAGUCUACAAUCAUUCCCAAGGAAGGACAAACUAUGGCCAGAGCUUCCAGGCCCAGAACACCUAUCAGCCCUCUCAGAAUAACUCUCAGCAACAACAGCAACAGAGUCAGUAUGUACCUGGACUCGGUAGAGGGGAGGCCAACAAAAACAAGAACCAAAAGCAAGGACAGCAGCUCUGGCACCGUAUGAAACAGGCCCCUGGGGCAGCUGCCGUGAAGUUCAAUCUUCCCAAGAGGCCCUAUCAGGUUCAGUGUUCCCCGCUUUCCAAUCAGGCUUUUCCUCCAGGUGAGCAGCCCUCAGGAAUGAAUCAAACACCUUCCUCUCCCGCUACUGCCAGUGCUGCACCUGGAGGUGCUCAGACCCGACCCCAGGACUGGCCACAAGCCAUGAAAGAGUAUGUGCAGCGCUGUUUCACCGCCUGUGAGACGGAGGAAGACAAAGAUCGUACAGAGAAGGUGCUGAAGGAAGUUCUGCAGGACCGGUUAAAGGAUGGUUCUGCUUACACCAUUGAUUGGACUCGUGAACCACUGCCAGAACUAAAAGUCAAGCAGGCACAAUGGGAUACUGUUUCAUCCCAGAGGACUUCAGACAACUCAUUGAACCGUGGUGGAAGCACAGUGGCUGCAGCUUCAAGAGGAAGGGGCGGAGGACACAGAUUAGGCCACUACAGGAAUGUUUUUUCUCAAAGGAGCCCAUCGUCUAGUUCGUCCCGAUCCUCCUCCCGCUCACCAUCGCCUUCACAUGGCAGACACAGAGAUCGCAGCAACCAAAGACACAGGCGCAGUGAUUCUGACUCACAGUCAGACAGCAGCAUCUCAAGUGACCUGCGAACUCAUCUGUCAAGGCGUAAUCAGAAAGGAGGACGCGGCCGUGGUAAUGACAAGGAUAGAGGACGUGGAGGUGGAGAAAGAGGCAGAGGAAGAGGAGGAAAAUCCAACAGAGGAAGACGAAAUGCGGAGGAUUCCAAUUCAGCUACUGGAAAGAAGAGGAAAGGCGGCAGUGCUGGUAUGGAUUUCCAUGACCCCAACAGAGAAGCUAAGAAGCAGAGCAGAGCAGCUCGCUUCCACAAGCAGCUGCGCUCGGAGCCCCUGGUUCUCUCCAUCAAUGCUCUGGACCUACCUGAUGGAACCCAGGAGGGCCUUAGCUGGGAGGACUGCCCCAUUGUGGGAACAUGUCAGGAUAUCACCAAGUCCUACCUGAGGCUCACCUGUGCCCCUGACCCUUCCACUGUGCGCCCUGUACAUGUGCUGAGAAAAUCUAUGCAGGCUGUGAAAGCACAUUGGAAGACCCACCAGGACUACGUCUAUGCCUGUGAACAGAUGAAAUCCAUACGACAGGACCUCACGGUCCAAGGAGUCCGUACUGACUUCACAGUGGAAGUGUACGAGUGCCAUGCACGCAUUGCUCUGGAGAAAGGAGACCAUGAGGAGUUCAACCAGUGUCAGACCCAGCUGAAGGCCCUGUAUAAGGACAAUCCCUCUGAGAACAUUGGAGAGUUUACAGCCUAUAGAUUACUGUAUUACAUCUUCACUAAAAACUCUGGAGAUUUGACCACUGAGUUGGUGUACUUGACACCUGCGCUGCGGGCAGACGUUUGUGUGGCUCAUGCUCUUGCACUCCGUGCUGCCUGGGCAUUAGGAAACUUUCGCCGUUUCUUUAAACUCUAUCUGGAAGCCCCACGCAUGGCUUCGUACCUCAUUGACAAGUUUGUAGAAAGAGAACGAAAGAUCGCACUCCGGGCCAUAGUCAAAACAUUUAGACCCGACGUACCAGUGCAGUAUGUGCAGUCUGCUCUGGGCUUCACAUGCUUAGACUCCUGUAUGGCCUUUUUAACUGGGCUAGGUGUCACGUUCACUCCAUCUGAUCCCCAAAAAAUAGACUGCAAAACCAGCACAGCCUCUUUGGCUGCUUCCUGAGGGGGUUGGGGGGGGGGGUAGCCCAGUGAAGGGAGAUGCUAGGGGGCCAACAUGGAUCCUUACAUGUUCAAUGCUCUGUACUUCAGACACCUCAGUCAGUCCAGAUAAGAGUAGCAGCAGACACAUACCUGUCAGACCAAUACAGACAGAUACAUGCUAGUUAGGUAUGUUGUCAGACCUCAAAUGCUGAACUGUUUUAAAAAUGAAAAGGAAUAUCUGCACACACUGUCACCCAGAUAGCCUAAAGUCAUCUAAUUACAUUUUUGAUGGCAGGAUAGCGAGGGAGCAAUUUAGAUUUUGCAUCAUGUAAUUUCAGCACUUGGAGGCCAAGAAGUUACAAGCAGAUCAGGGAUGCGCUUACCCUCAUGGUUCCUUUACCACCAUCAGAUUUCAAAGCUAACAGUGUUCUGUUAUGUUUUUCCUUCCUCAAGUCAACAGCUCAAAGCCCCGAAGAUUCAAGCCGUGACAGUCGGAAAAAGGGAAAUGCAAACGGCCCUUCUUCAAGUCUUUCAUCCAGCACUUCACUCUUUGAAGUCAAGCCUACAGAAGUAAAUCAAAUCUACACCUUUAUCUUAGAGACUGUGAGAAGAUGGUGUAAAGAAGAGGUGGUGGUUUGUAUGUCCUGCCCUGCGAAUCGUCUAGAGGUGGCUGUUCAUCCUGUCCUUAUCUCCGCAUCCUGUCUGGCCCGUGAAAGGAAUGAACUGACGUCUCAAGUCUUGUUCCUGAUUUAGUUCUUCAAGUCUCGAUCUGAUGAGCACUGACUUUGUAUGAUAAAGCUUAAGUGUUCUUCCUCACUCCAUCACACUCCAAGAUAAGCUUCACCUUCGUAGUCCCAGCAUCCGAAAGCAGAGUGGGAUUCUUCCAUCUUCCUCAGGUAGAAGUUCCUGCCGUCACCUGGAACCCAGCACAGUCCGUUCACAACCACGAGGCCUGUUUCAUCCACGCUGACCAUCCGAACCUCACCAGCUGUUCAAGAGAAAUAGGAUCCAUCGGCGGAUAACGCUGAAGGAGAAUUCCCUGUGGUGGAGAAAAACACGAAGGAAACCUGCAGCUUCUUCCAGAAGGAAUAACGAGUGGUUUGUAUGCUACGUCUGGUUCUGGUGUCUGCAAGGCUGGUAAGAGAAAGGGACUUCUGGAGUGUGGCGAAUGACGACGCACCAGAGAUGUUGCCUCACAUUUCUUCUGUUAAAUGUUCUUUGUCUUGCUUUUUGUGGACAGCAGUAUUGGCCUCUCUCUUGACCAAUGGAAAUAAUUAUGGAACAGCAAUCAGGCUUUCAGUAAGGUUGCUCUUUGGAUAAAUGAGAUGUCAGAACAAAUUUGACAAUAUCCAAAAAGUACCAAAACUGGAUUCGGUGAGAUCCCAGAAAUUUUACUACUAGAUUCGGCUGCUGUCUGAAUGUCCUGCCACAGUAUUUAAACAUGAAUUUGGAAAUGAUGUAGACAGUAAUGUAAUAAAAAGGUGUGUGUUACUUGAGUGCAGACUAAUGCUAUUACGUCUGUUUUCCUUGUAGCGCUAACCUUUGUAACGUAAAAGCUGCCGUUCCAGCAGAAACUGGUCGGCUUACGUGAAAGGUUUCCAUGGCAGUGGAGCCGUCUUAUUGAAACUCCAAUGUGAUUUAGAUCUAUUUGUCUUCAGGACGCUUGUGCUUUUUAGGACCCAGAAUGAUACUAGUGGCAUUAAAUACUUUGAUAGAUGAUAAUUGGGAAAAUAUCUCGUAAAUCCCUUGUAAUGUUUAAAAUUAAUCAGCUAAAACAUGUCAACAGUAACUAUCUCACACUGGCUACCUUUGUGCUGCCUUUUUUUUUUUCUUUUUUUUUUUUUUUUUUGCAUAUCGAAGGAUGUACUGAGAUUGGAAGCCUAAGUCCAGAGCGUUCCCAUUUUAAGCAUGGAGGUUUUUAUUGACCAGUAUUAAUUACCAUUGUUGAAACAUUGCAGAGUGUGGUGUAAUGCAUCGGAACAAACGUGAACACAGGCUUGCUGUACAAUCCACAUGUUUACUUAUCGACAGAGUAUAUUUUUGUAAAUAAUGUAUGAUAUUACUGUGAUUGUUUUUCUUCAAGUAGUGCAUAGUUGUUGGGGUUUUUUUUUGUUGUUCACACAUGGGUAAGUGUGAUUUAUUUUAAUUUUUCUUUCUCCUUGAUUUCACAAUACUCUUAGACCGUUUAUCUGAACAUGUAAACACAGACAGGUCUGGAUUGGGUUGUGCUGUUUCAUGGUCGCACCAGUGGACACGGUGGAGAAGUCGAUGCUGUUUCUCUCACUAUAGCCUGAAGACGUUGUUUUUCACAGGCUGUCCGACCAAAUUCUGGCAAGAUGUCAUCAGAUUGAUAUGAGAAAAAAAAAAAAAAAGUUGCUGUUGUUGAAAUCAACCCUUUAGCCAGUGAAUCACACUUGUGUUGCCGAGCUUGUGUUGGCAGAUUGGUUCACUCCAAGCUCUCAACACAUUCCCCUGCAAACCUUUGUCAACUGCUCAUUGUUGACCAUUAUUUUAGCAAACUUUUCGUAAUGAAAAUGAUCUCAACAUGUCUCCUUUCUUCCCCCCUCCUUCAUUUAUCUCCUGCCCUCCCUCCGUCCUAUUCGCUGCCCCCCCCCCCCCCCCCACCCCCCCCCCCACCCCCCACUCCCCUCCUACCCCUUGAACCUUCCUCCCACACGCCACCAGACGUCUCAUCCUUCAGCCUGCAGCGCUGCUGCGUUGCAGGAGCACAUGGGAGCGAUAAGUGGGCGAACCUCUUCCCAGACGCCUGCCAGAGGGAGAGUGAAUUGUGAGCAAUCCAAGUCUUGCUUUGACCCACUCGAGUUGAAGCCAUACAGCUGAUAAAACACAUGGGAGCCUCACAUAAUGAAAUGUGGAACAUGUGGAUGUGCUGCUGAUGUGAUUUGCUGCUAAUAUUUAAUUAUUUUUUUUUAUUUCCUUUUUUUUUUUUUUUUGAGAUACCUGUUCUAAAACAAUGUUAGAUUAUUAACUAAGUUGCCAUGUACUGCUAGUUUCUGUUUGUCCAGAUGCAUUUGCACUUUUUGAAAAAUGUUUGCAGAUAAUUGAUAGAUGUGCUUGAGUGGUUUUGUUAAGAAUUAUUUAGUCAUUUGCAGAAUUGAGUUACAGCUUUGCUUUGAGAGUUUGAGCCCUUGGCAACAAAAAUGUGUCUGGACAUACAGAACAUAUCCUCAAAAGUCAAUUAGAUAUAGAUAUACAGUGUAGUCUUUUCUUUACAUUUUGAGGUCUUAAGCUCAUAUCAUUUGAAAUGCUGGUGUGUGCUCCCAUGCUUAGGAUUCACGUGAUUGAUUGACCACUUGUGUAGGAUUUUUAUGCAGGUUAGAUAGUGUAUAUGUGAUGUCUCAGGUUUUCAGCACUGAAACAACCAAGGAUGUUUGCUAUUAUUAUUUUUUUAUGUUAUUAUUUAGUAAAUUCACCCCUGGAUGACUAACGGUACACAUUUUCAUUUAGUUUUGUUCCCCCUCUGGUGCCUGAGUCAUGUUUUCUGUAUUUUCUGCUCCCAUGUUACUGUAUACCUCCAUCAGUCUUUGUAACUCCUUCCUCGAUAUUUGACACUGGAAGAUCCUCCUCCCCUCACCUGUGUUCAUCUCCUGCCAUUUCUUUUUAACUAGUCUUUCUUUCUUUCUCUUUUUUCCUCUCCUUGCAUGAACUCCUCUCCCCCCUCUUCUGCUCUCUUCCCACAUACCUCUAACCAGUAUUUGUUUUCAUUCUUUUCCUUUUGUGUUGAGUUUGUCUGUGACUGUUGGCUGCGUGCAGCUAGUCACUCUAAAUAGUAAGUAUUAUACGACGUCUGCAGAACUUUAAUAGUUUUACGUUGCAGCUCACUAACAACUGAAGCUGAAGGUUUAUCUGCAACGCAUCCUCCCCGGCCCUCAUUCCCAUACACACAGAUCUGAUAUGACGAACUGCCAUUUUGUAAAUACUGUGUAAAUACUAUCUUUUGAAAAAAUCUAAUAAAAUUCAAGUAUAAAGAGCA